AUGACUUCGCCCGUCAUCCGAGAGGUCAAGGUCGACCACGACAACUUCCGCGACCUCCUGGAGCGCUUCAAGGAUGCCGCCUCGCGCAAGGAGAGUGGCCUGAUGCACGACAUCGUCAACACCAUGAUCCGCGAGGCCUCGGUCCACUCUGAUGCCGAGGAAAUGAGCAUCUACAAGACGCUGGCCGAGAACGGCAUGGCCGACGCGGCCGAGCACGACAAGGCCGAGCACAACGACGUCAAGCAGGCCAUGUAUUCGAUCGACAGCGAGAGCGUCGACCGCGUCGGGCACGACAAGUACGUCUCGAUGGUGACGCGCGCCGGCGACCUCUUCCUCAAGCACGCCGACGAGGAGGAAAACGACCAGCUCGUCAAGCUCGUCGCCAAGCUGAGCGACGACGACCAGGUCAAGCUGGCCAGGCAGUUCCUCGACGCGCGCAAAAUGGCCACCACCCGCCCGCACCCCAUGGCCCCGCAGUCGGGCGGCGCCAUGCAGAAGACGGCCGAAGUCAUGUCCAAGCCCCUGGACCAGGCCCACCAGGCCAUGCGCAAGUUUGUCGACCUCAAGUACCAGCACUCCGAGCCUGGCCAGGCCUGA